AUUAUAGAAGGAUGUCGUGUCUGUGAAUCAACUGAUGUUCCAAGACCAAAGUGUUGAUGGCAAAGACUGAUAGCACUAUUCUUCUACCUUCUCAAGACAUUUGAUUCAACAGAAGGGAAGUUACUAGUGAACGAACAUUUCAUGGUUUCCUUGUGGACUUCUGCAAAGCACUCAUCAGUAGUUAGUUUAUCAUAAUUAUGUUAGUUACUUUUUACUAAACUGACGCAAAUCUCAUAUUGCAAGGUGAGUAUGAAUUUUAAUAUCAAAUGGACGUUGUGUGAUGUGGUCUAAAUUUGUUUUAACUUAAAAAUUUCUCUAGCCCCACAAGAUGAAGGUGAAAUGGCGAUGGAUGUCGGCCAGGAUGAUGCCAUAGUAGACUUGGAUGAGGAAUUUAUAGGGGAUGGUGAGGGAACAGUUGAAGGGGAAAUUGAAAUGAACGAAGCCGAAGGUGAAGCUGCCCCAGAAGAUGAUGCAGAUCCUGAGAUGGAGACUGAAAUUAUAGACGAAACUGAACCGGAGGCUGAAGCCGAGCCAGAGGAAGAAGAGGCUGCAGAACAGACAGAGGUUGUAACUGUUCCUGAGGUCAACCAGGUUCCUGCUCCUGUUCCUGCCCCAUCCCCUACAAAAUCCACUACACCAGCAAAGACCAAGGCCACUACCCCAGCAGCUAAAGCGACACCUGCACCUAAAACUACGCCAAAAGCAGUUGCAGCAAAAACUGCACCCAAGACGGCAACAGCGAAGUCAACGCCUGCAAAGACACCUGGAGCAAAGUCAGCAGCAAAAUCCCCUGCAGCGAAACCAGCAGUCACACCUAAAACUGCUGCAGCAGACAAACCUACGACACCAGUAAAGACAUCGGCUGCCCCAAAGGCCCAAACCAAGACUGCAACCCGAUCAUCCUCACCAAGAGUAGCUGCAGCUAAGGCAUCAACUGCAACACCCAAAUCUGCAGAUGCAACAACACCAUCAGCAGCAGCAACAACAGCAAAGGACUCUUCUAAGGAUGAAAUCACCCUAUUUGAACCAACGGAUGAUUCUUUUGAUGUGCGUGUGGAUGACACUCAAGUGAAUGAGAUUGAUGCAGAUCUGAAAGAUGAAAAAGGAGGCAAGAAGGCUGCUGGUGCUGAUGCCACGGCAAGUGAAGAGGCCAAAGGAGAUGCAGGCGAGGCUGUCAAAGUGAAGACUGAGGACAAAACUAAGCCAGCUGACAAAAAGGAUGAGAAGAAACCUGAAGAUAAAAAAGAAGAUGCAAAACCUGCCAAGAGGUUGGUUUGGUUUGUAUUGAUUCAAAAUCCUUUGCAACUUCCUUCUGUAUACAUUUCACUUGUCAUUCUGUCAUGUUAUCAUUUUCAACGUGGAUUCCCCACUUUUAUCUUUUGUAGUUCUGAGGGCAAGGAAGGCAAGGAGAAAGAGACAAAGAGCAGCCAGCAUAGUCGCAACCUGUGGGUGAGUGGCCUGACUUCGUCAACUAGAGCCACAGAUCUCAAGUCACCUUUCAGCAAAUAUGGGAAGGUUAUUGGAGCCAAGGUUGUGACCAACGCUCGCAGUCCAGGCUCACGAUGCUAUGGAUUUGUGACGAUGUCAACCGCAGAAGAGGCCUCUAAGUGUAUUCAGCACUUGCAUCGGACUGAACUGCAUGGGAAGAUGAUAUCUGUGGAAAGGGCAAAGAAUGAACCAGGUGGACCCAGUAAGGCAGCUUUACUAAAGAAGGCAGAAGACAAGAAACCAGUUGACAAGAAGGAGGCAGAGAAGAAAGAUGGUGAAAAGAAGGUAGAGAAGAAAGUUGACAGGAAGGCUGACAACAGAGACAAUCGGUCCAAUAGACGUCCACAUCAUGACAAACGUGCUAGAAGAGAAGCUAGACGCCCAGAGAAGAAACAUAAUGAUAAACAAACAUCUUCCACAGAUGCCAAGAGACAUCCAACAACAUCUCCUAAAUCAGCAGAGAUAAAGAAAGCUGAAAAGAAGACGGAUGAGAAACAAAAAGAAGAGGAAGGUGGAGAAAAGGAUGAAAAGAAGUCUGAAUCAGACAGAUCCCAGUCCAAGGAUCCUAAAGAUGUUCUUUCAUUUGAGAAGAUCGAGGCUGAGCGGAAACGACAACGUCUCCGACAAAAAGAGCGUGCUCUGCGUGAUGAGGAGAGGAGGAGACUGUCUAAAAUUGAGAGACAACGAGCAAGACAGAAGCAGAUUCACUUACGUGCGAGAGAAGAAGCUAUUCGACUUGAACGGGAAAAAGAUAGACUGAGACUAGAGCGAGAAAAGCUUGAACGAGAACGUAUUGAAACAGAAAGACUGCGUCUGGAACGUGAAAGACUAGAGAGGGAGAGACUAGAACAACUCAGGCUUGAGCAACGAAGAUUAGAUGACCAGCGAAGAGCAGCCAAAAGACCAUUUGACAGUCGUGGUAGUCGCCAUGAUGAUGACUACUGGAGCAGCCCCCCUAAACGAUCCAUGUCUGACAGAUUGGAUAAUUAUGGGGAUUCUAGACGUGAGAAUCGUAUUGACCGAAGUGCUAAUACGGACAGGAAGGUGGAGCGAUAUGACAGGCGAGACAGUCGUACUGCAGACACUCGUGGUUCUAACAGGGGACGCAUUGAAGACCGAAAUGACAGAAGGGAUAUGCCUGUGCAGCAUGGAUGUGAUAGGGAAGAACGGCAUGGAAGUGGCUUUGGAGAAGCACAGAGAUUAGAUGACCAGCGAAGAGCAGCCAAAAGACCAUUUGACAGUCGUGGUAGUCGCCAUGAUGAUGACUACUGGAGCAGCCCCCCUAAACGAUCCAUGUCUGACAGAUUGGAUAAUUAUGGGGAUUCUAGACGUGAGAAUCGUUUUGACCGAAGUGCUGAUACGGACAGGAAGGUGGAGCGAAAUGACAGGCGAGACAGUCGUACUGCAGAUACUCGUGGUUCUAACAGGGGACGCAUUGAACACCAAAAUGACAGAAGGGAUAUGCCUGUGCAGCAUGGACGUGAUAGGGAAGAACGGCAUGGAAGUGGCUUUGGAGAAGCACAGAGAUAUUCUGAAACUAGAAACACCAGAGAUGACAGACGAGACACGCGGACACACAACCGCCAGGAAGAGAAUAGACGAGAUUUUAACAAAGGUCGAGAUGAUGACAGAUGGAACACGAGAUUGCCUCAGCGCAAUGAUUCUCAGAGUGACUGGAAAUCAGACAGUGAGAUAAGGAUGGCUGCUGGAAAUGGACGUGACCCCUGGCAAGGACAGAGUGGCUCUGGGGUGCAAGAUGACAGAUGUAGCAAGAAUUUUAAUUCUGGAUCUGGUAUGAUGUCAAAUGGUGCUAAUUCCAAUCAGCGACAGUCGUGGGGAAAUAACAGUGAUCGUAGCAAGAUAGACCAGUCCUGGGGCCAUGGUGUUGUGGACAACUCUGGGCCCCGGGGAGGAGGCGGUGACCGGUGGAUGGGUGGAGUACAGAGUACACAUAGUGACCGAGGAGGAGGAUUCAACAUUGGGGGGAGUGGGGGUCUGAUGAACAACAUUGGGGGACCAGGACUGUACAUGGCUACCACCCCACAAAACCCAAACCUCAUGAUGAUGGGCAGCAUAACCAGACAACCAGAGGCACGCUACUUGCAACAAGGAACACUUCGAAGAUUCUAAAUGGAAUGUGUCUAAUGGAUGGUUUGGACAGGGGGUGUGCUCGCAGAUCGUGUUCAUAUAUGAUAAAUAGCAUUUCUAACAAAUCUACUAAGUCUUUAUCCAGGAAUCUUACAAGUUUCCACAUUUGGUGAUAUUGUGAAAAGUACUAGUAUAUGAAUGCCUUGAAAAUUGACCAUACAAUAUAUGGCUGCCUAUUUCAUGAUCAUUGUGCUUGUGAAAUUCUAUUCAGUUUGAUGUUUCCUGUUAUACAAUGAUGGACUUUAUUCAUCUGUCACUAUAAACUCACACUACCUUUUAGUACACAUGAGUUUGUAAUCACCACAAGCUUUUGUAAAUGGGGGCGAAUGAACGUAUGAUCAUUGUAUUUCUUCAAAUCUUACAUGUGCAGCAUUGUUGUAGAAAUCUGUCACAAACACCAAAUCUGGCCAAUAUAAGUCCCUGGAACUAAAAGAUUUUAGUGUAAGUAACCAGCAUUUUGAGUCUCCUUAUGUCCAACAUUUUCAGCAUUUGUAUAAUUGUGAAUUAUGUGUCAACAUUAUGUUUGUAUAUGCCCAUUCUUCAGCUGUAUCACCAACAGAUGUCUCAUUAUUUUUGUCCAUCUGGAUGGAAAAUUCUAAGCAAAAGUCUAAAUGAUAUGCUUGUUAUCAGGUCUCUACAUUUUAGGUUAUCUAUUUUAUGAUGUUAGAAUAUUUUUCGAUCAGCUUAUGCCCAAUUGUCAUCCAUUAAAUUCUCUUAUCAUAUUUCCAUAUUUGUUUUGGGCCACACAUCUUCUAACUAGAACUGAUGGGGGAAACUUUGGCUUUUCUUCACACAAGCGUAGAAGCCAUGACAUAACUGAGGUUGUUCAGAGUGGCUCACUAGUUCUGACAGAGUGCUGCCUCAGUAGGACAUGCUUCUUGUAAAGCAGCCUUCAAACUUUCAUGUCAUUUGAGCGUCAUGUCUUUAUUGAUGCGGUUAUGUGACAAUUUCAUUGUUUUUUAACAAUACGAGUUUGACAACACUUCACACAUCAAACUCUAGUUUGACAACACCAAAAGUUUGAUGGAAAAGUUGGUGAGAAUAGAGGCCAAUCCUAUUUUUCAAUAACAGUUUGACAACUCUGAAAUUGGUGUUGGUGGCGAGUUGUUGGAAUGUUCACACUCUCAAACUUGAGUUUGCCAUGUGAAUGCCGCUUAAGAGUCUGUUCAGGAUUGAAUGGUGACCAUAUUUUUUUUGUUUGGGGGUCAUUGUUUCAUGCAACAGGGGCCUUGGCUUGCCUGUUCCUAAUUACAUUAUUCACAGGUUGCAGCUUUAACAAUAUCUUUGCCUCAAUUCACAGCAGACAGGGCUGUCACCGAGUCUGAUGUAUUCAGCUGGAGACCUAGGGCUUAAAUGUUACAGGAGUACAAUGGGUGAAGCCUGUUCUUGGUGUCCCCAGCCAUGAUGGAAUAAUGUUGAAAUUUCCUAUAUACCCAACUCACUCAAGGUGCAGCAAUUUAGAAAUAUACUUUUAUAAUUAUUGCAGAGUAUAAGGUGUAAAACCAGGUACACUUGCUACAUGUGCCAACUUGUGCUGGGUGUAUUAAGUUUAGUAUCAUUUAUUUUGUAUUCACAUUACUAAAUAUUGAGCAAGCCCCAGUUAGCAGCAUGGUAUAAAGUCUUCAUAUAUGCAUGGAAUUUGCCCUUUAAGCAUCCCUGUGUAAACACCAAAGACUGGACAUGUAUUGGACAAGGCAUGUAAAAGAUUAUACUCAAAGAGAACACUGUGAUAUAGUAACAUUGAACAAGAUUGUAAUGCUCUGCUUAACAGAUGUAGAAAUCAAUACGGAUCUAUCUCAUUAAACAUUAAGACCAGAAGACACAUGCCUCAGUGGUUGUCCACAGCAGAAUCAUUAAGACCUAGCUAUGGUGGGCACUCCCUUGAGUCUCUGCAAUAGAUAGAUUUCCAAUAGUCCCAGAGUCUUUGUACAGUAUAUCAGCCUUACCAUGGCAUGACCACUUCAUGGGUCACAAGUUGAAGACCCACAAACAUGUAUGUGUAUAGACAGAACAAGGAUCCUAUCUGGUUUGGUUUGGUUGUUCUUAAAUGCUGCCCUCAGCAAUAUUUCAGGUAAGUGGUGGCGGUAAGUAAAUAAUCAAGUCUGGACCAGACAAUCCAGUGAUCAGCAUCGUGAGCAUCAAUCUAAGCAAUUGGGAUACAAUGACGUGUCAACUAAGUCAGCGAACCUAUCCACCUGACCCCUUUAGUCUUAGACAAGCAUGGUUGGUGAAGACUAAUUUUAACCCGGAUCUUCACGGGGGGGAUAUCAUCUGGACAAAUGGACCUUUACCCUGCACCACAACUUCAAUCCUUGAUUAAUCCAUGUACUCAUUUGAAUCCUUGAGCUAAGAUGAGUGAAAUAUUUUCUCUGGUUCAUAUUUUGCUUUUAAGAUUAGAAGUGACUUAAUGUUAUCCACUGAGGUAGAUCAUUUCAUGAGUUACACUGUGAAGUAGAGCAGCGGCUAGUCAGAAUUAAUUAUAAUGUCUAUAAAUUCACUAAAGGAACAGGGGAAGGUGGUGCAGUUCUUUAAGACAAACAGGUUGUCUUUGGCUGCACACUGAGAAGAUACAUAGGAUGAAGAUGCUAUAGACAACAUAGGAUGUAUUGUGUUUUUUGUUGGUUUAUUCAUCUUUUAUAUACAAAUAAGCAUAAUAAAUCACUUUUAAGAGA